AUGUCUCCACGUCGAAAGGUGCGGAACAACAGUGGUUCGGGUCUGUUCAACACGUUAAUAAAUACUUUACCGGUGGAACUACAUUUACCGGGAUAUCAGUUUUGCGGUCCGGGAACCGAAUUGAAAAAACGUUUAUCGCUCGGGCAAACGGGGGUAAAUAAUUUAGACGCGGCGUGCCGCGACCACGACAUAGCGUACGAGGCCAGUAAUCUGUCCGGAGAUCGCGAAAAGGCGGACCGCGAAUUGGAAAAUCGUGCUUGGGAAAAUUUUAAGUCCGCUGACACGGGUUUUAGCGAAAAAGCCGCAUCGUGGGCCGUCACAACGGGGAUGAAGGCUAAACGUAGAGUCGGCCUCGGCGGUGGCGGUGGUGGCUGCGGGUUCAAAAACGUAGUCGGAGUGGCUAAAAAAGCUAUUAAAAAAUCCAUCAAAGCGUGUCCCGGAACGUCAAACAUGAGCAAAUUAAUUAAAUCCGGUAUCGCUGCGGCUAAGAAGUACACUCGUGGAAUCAAUACUACGUGUAAACCGCCUAGAGUUAUCAAAGUACCACGGACGGGCGGUGCUCUAGCGUUAAUACCGAUACUCUCGGGUCUCUCGGCGCUCGGCACGUUGGUCGGCGGAGUCGCGAACGUGGUCAAGGUUAUCCGAGGUAUUACCUCGAAGAGCAACGGUUCCGCAAUACAGUUGGGCGGUGGACUAUAUCUACACCCGUACUCGUCUAAGAGUGGUGGGAGUUAUAAAAUUGCUAAAUCUAUGAGGG